AUGCAGUUACUGCAGUUAAUGCAGAAAUCAAAGAAUACAUGCAAGACACCUGGAAUAUACAAGCUGACGGGGAUCCAUUCCCAGCACUGCGCUCGAGAACAGACACCCGACACACUCUACACCCUGGUCCGCGGUCCACCAGUGAUCAACCAUGCAACCCUACAAAGGAUCCGAUCUCCUGGAAGCCGGGACUUUGUCCCGUUCUCGAAGCACUUCCCUCUCCAGCGACUCGCACGUUCGAGUGAACCUCAUGUCUCCCCCUCCGUACACCCUCCACCUGCUUUUAUCUCUUCCUCCGCUGCUUCGGAAAUUAUCGACUCCGAUCAAGAAUUUAAUGCCGCCGAUUUUGUCCCCGAGGACGACGAGACGGGCUCCGGCCCCGCUGCUCUGGUUACACCAGCCGCCCUUUCACUACUGAACGGCUUCCUCGACAACCUGCUCUUCAAUGUCCUGGCCGCUUCCAAAUCUACCCAGCUCUCAUGUAUCCGCCCAGCGGUCUCCGACGUCCUGAAGCCCCGUCUCGCCUCCGAGGUUGUGGACACCGCCGAUGAGGAAUUGAGCGAAUAUAUGGGGGGUGCCGACGACGAGAAGACGGAAUUCCGUGGUGGUCAGGACCCGGGCGGCGACUUCGAUCUUGUGCGCUCGUGGAAAUUGACCCGUCUUCGAUGCAUGGUAUACACUCGUUUGGGCGACAUGGAAGAGGAGGAUGAGGAUGAAUACAUUGCGCAAGAUGGUCUUGGGGAGUGCGACGGCGCGCCCCGUCGAUUCUCCAGUCAUGUCGAUAACAUCACACCCGCCGCGGCCAUUUUUCUCACUUCCAUCAUCGAGCACAUUGGCGAGCGCGCCUUGGUGAUUGCUGGUGAGACGGCGCGCUCCCGGCUGUCGGCGAAGCUGAAUGACGGCGCCAGUGAAUCGAUCGACCUGGAGGAGGAACGUAAGCGAAUCGAUCGGUUAGUGGUGGAGGAUCUUGACAUGGAAAAAUUGGCGUUGAACGCGACUCUGGGCCGGUUGUGGCGGACUUGGCGAAAGCGCAGACGCAACACCACUCUUUCGCGAACUCUUUCUCGUGAGUCCUUCCGCCGUCGAGGCUAUUCGACUCUGGCGGGAAGCCGCAAGAGCAGUAUUGCGACCAUCGAGGAGCCUGUCACUCCCAAGGAGCCUCUUCCUGAAGCGCAAGCAGCGCCCGUCGAGCCCGUCGAGCCCGUCGAGCCAGCCGACCCCGCCGACAUCCCCUUGCCCAUAGGCGAUCACGAUGUCAAGGAGAUCGAGGUUCCCGGUUUUUCGCAUGAGUUGGAAGGUGAGGUGCAGACUAUGCAGGCCGUUGUCGCGCACAAGGUGCGACCACGUAGCUUGAUGGUUUUCACAUCGCCAUCGUUCGCGCCCAAGUCGCCUGGUGCGAGGGAUUCCCCCGUGAGUGCCUCCGCAAUUGACGACCCAAAGGUGGUUCGUCAUGCCCGCUCAAGGUCAUUGCCAAAUGCGGCGGCCAGCCCACAACGCGAGGCCAAGUCGGAACCUGCAGAUGAAAAUGCUCCAUCCCCGAGCGCCUCGGAAAAGAGCAAGCAGCUCGAAACCAUGUACGAAGAUGACGAAUCCGCCGAGUUCGUCGAUGCUGCAGAGACUGCCCCUGGCAUUGCGAUCACAACACCUAUCGAUGAGCCUACAGAAGCGGAGAGUUUAGAAGAUGCGAGAAUGCCCAUUGUGCGGGAAGAAGAUGAAGAACAAGCUGAACGGGGUCCGCCCGUGAAUGAAACCAUUGCUUCCUUGCGCUCUAGCGCCAACGACGAGACCGAUCAGUCGAAUAGUGCCCGAGUCUCCGUCUCAUCCCUUGAUGAGGAACCAACCAAGAAUCCGGAGAUUAUUGAAGGACGGGGAAUGUGCGAGAAGCCUAAGCCUGCGGCGACGAUCCAACGCCCAAGGAGGAAACCUAGCAGGGAUUCCACUGCUCAGAUCAAUGCAACGGCGAUCACUGCAGAAACUAGCGACUCAGACGGUCAACCUAUCGCGGAGAAAAAGCCCACCACGCAAGGGGCAGAAGCCACAUCCGCACCACCUGGCGCCACGAUCGAGGCUGUCAAUACUCUCGAUGAUGAAAAUCCCGUCGAGCACGAUCACGAUAAAUCGGCUAUGGCAUCCCCUUCGCCGAGUGUUCCUGUGAAUGAAAAUGAUGCCGUCUCCGAAAAGCCUCUUCAGAGUGUCGCUGCGCUAGAACCCGAUAAUUCUCGUCCUACCUCCGCUUCGGGCGACAGCCAAUACUCCCAGAAAUCCCGUACACGCCACAGACCUAGCCCGCUCGUGGUCACGGCUAGCAAUCGCAAUUCUCCCAGUGGCGCAGAGCGAGCAGCCGUGCAACGCAUGCCUCCACGACCUUCCAAUUCUGUUUCUUCGACCGUCCAGCCAGCCAAGUCUCGCCGCUCAGAGAGCUUCAGCAGUUCGCGUGAGAAGCGUCCAGUUACAGCGGGCUCUACCACAUCCCAGAAAUCUGGAAAGAUCACUCGACUCAUGGGUCGUCCGGGCGAGUCUCCUUCGCUCCGCCUUCGCAGCUCAUCUGACACGAGCCGGGCCUCUGGUAGCGCGGACUCUGACGGUAACGAUACCACGGACCUGGACAAGUUGAUCAAUAGCGACGAGACUAUCCACUUCACGCUUACACCAAAGAGUGUGAGGGAGAUGACUGUAAGCCCUCCCCUUUCAUUCCAGUCUAAUUUUGUUAGCAAACCGACUAACCCAGUUGUCCAGUUCCCCGAGCCGCCUCGACCAAUCCCUAGGUCGGACACGGCCGAUACGCAUGAUCUGGCUAAUUUCUUGAAGAGCACGGCUCCUCCGGGAGAAGAUGCACGACCACCGACUUCUCUUUCCACCCGCGCAAAUGGGGAAUUGACUUCUCUCGGACGCACCAAGUCCGCUGAUUCCCCCAAGUUCAUUCCCAUUUCCUCUCGCAUGCCAGCUCCACCGAAGUCCCCCGUGUCAUCAGGCAACGCUAGGGAUGCUCGCCCUACUCUCGAUUCCACUCGUGAAAUUGCCGAGUUCAUCAAGUCAACUGGACCUGCCACUCCCACGUCUUCGCAUCCAGGCAGCCCGACCCCUACCAAUGGGACGAGGUCUUCUCGGCGCCAGUCUACUAUCUCCGCCAGUACCAACAAUACCCAUAGUACCUACAAUACCAACAAGUCCAACAAGUCUCGUCAAUCAACUCGCAACGCCCGCCUCCAGGCACGCGCACCUGUUGAGACUAAGCGUUCUCAAACAUCAGAGCUGAUUGAUUUCAUCCGCGAGGGUCCCCCGCAACCUGGUGCACACCGCAUUCCCCGAACAGUUGCGCCGUUCAGGAACACGAUUGACUCCGAGGACCUGCAGUACGAACCUGUUCAAAGCGAGAAGGAUACAGCUACUCACAGCUCUGUGACCAGCUCCAUGCCUAAUAAGUCCAUGACUUCUCUGGGCUCGCGGACAGGUCUGCUGGAAUCCGCCAGCCGUGGCAAUGCCCAGAUAAAGGCGGCACCGCCUGCCAAACCUAUGGAACAAGAUGACCCGAUGCCAGUUCGGAAGCAGCGUCGUGUUCCAGACCCCUAUGCAAUUGACGACGAUGACGACGAUGAUAUGCUCGAAGAGCUUAUCAAUGCAAAGCCGCCCCCACGCCAAGAGGAAAGCUUAAUGGACUUCCUCCGCAACGCGCCACCUCCCCCACAAGCAGAAGAGGCGCCCCAGCCCUUCAGUUUAAGCGGCCCCCCACCCUCGUCAGGCUCCAAUGGCUCCGCGGGCUUGAAGUCUCGUUUCCUACGCCCCAACACCGACAAGGGCCCAUCCAACAAAAAGUCCAUGAGUUCCAUGCGUUCGCAGAGCACUCUCGGCAGUACUCAGACCAACUACACCCAAAAGGUUGGCUCGGAACGCAACCCCGGUACGAUGCCAUCCACUUCGCACAAGCAGAGUGAGACCAGCGCUCUGGCGGACUUCCUUCGGAACACUGGACCACCCGAGCCACCAGCUCGACCUAAGAAGGACAAUUCCUUCUCGCGCUUCUUUGUGCGCCGCAAGAAGGUCGAGGUAUAG